AUGGCAACUUAAAGAACUUAUAGUAUAUUACUUGCUGAAGACGAGCAAUUUCAGAGAUUGGCUCUAUUCGAUCUGCUUGAGCUUUGCGAGUACGAAGUUACUACUGUGGAAGAUGGAAAAAGGGCAUUAGCAGAAUUAAGAGAUGAAAACAAGGAAUUUGACAUGGUCUUACUAGAUCUUUACAUGCCUGAGAUGGAUGGCUUUGAAUUAUUAUCUCUGAUGCAGGAGGAUGAAAAGCUAUCACUAAUUCCAGUGGUCGUGAUGUCUGCUGAUGGAGACAAGGAAAUAGUCGCUAAUUGCCUGAGAAUGGGAGCUAAAGAUUAUCUUGUCAAACCUAUUAGGUUCCAAGAAUGUAAGGGUCUCGUUAGACAUAUGAGUAUUUCUAGCGUAAGCUCAGACAAAUCAGAGAAGGGUCUCCACAAAUAUGAGAAAAUUAGAUAUGUGGAUGGUGGGGCCACAGGUCAAAUAGACCUUGUCAGAAGCAAACAUGAUGGGAACUAAUACGCUCUGAAGCAGGUGAAGUUGAUGUAUUUGUCAGAGAAAGAUAAGCAGAAUGUUUAGAAUGAAAUCCUCCUGCUGAAGGUGCUUUCAGGACCUACUUUGAUCAAAUUUAUAGAGUCUUUUUCAGACAAAGACUCCUAGUAUAUUGUGAUGGAGUAUGCAGAUGGAGGAAAUCUUGCUCAGAAAAUCCAGAAAAAGAUCACUAAUGGACAGAAAUUCGCCUAUGAUGAGACACUUCGAUAUAUCGCUCAGAUAACCUUAGCCCUAAUGGCUAUGCACAGCAAAAACAUUCUACACAGAGAUAUCAAGACUUAAAACAUAUUUGUUGCUAAAAAUGACAUCUUAAAGCUAGGAGAUUUUGGUAUAUCAAAGUAAAUGGAUACAAAGUCUGCGUUGAAUGCCACAUCUUGCGGUACCCCCUACUAUAUGUCCCCAGAAGUCUGUAAAUCCCAACCAUACGAUUCAAAAGCUGAUGUUUGGGGUUUAGGCGUUAUCCUAUAUGAAUUCAUUACACUUACUAAGCCUUUUGAUGCUGAAAAAAUAAGCGAAUUAUUCGAGAGGAUUUAGAAGGAGCCCUACCCACCUCUUCCAGAAGACACUCAUUCGAACUUAAAGAUGUUAGUGUCCCUACUGCUAAAUAAGGAUUACAGCAAAAGACCAAACAUCUUUGAGUUUUCUAGAAUUCCAUGCGUCUAUAAAGCCAUUAGAAAGUUUGUCGAAGAAAACAACUGUUAGAAUGAGGUCCUCAACAUUUUCGACAUGGAUGGAAAGUAAGUCAGUGAAUCUACUGAUAAGGACAAGGACCAUGAUGAAAGUAAAAAAUCAGAAGAAAAUGAUAAGCUAGGCAAGUUCCAACUCGAAUAGUUAGAAGAGAUAGCUGAGUUGAUAAGGAAUGAUAUCCACAUUCAGGAUUAUUAAAAUGGGUGGUUCUCUAAGCAUUUAAGAUGUGCUCAGGGAAGAGAUAUAUAUCGUUGGAUAAUAGAGCAUGUUGAAGCUAACGAGAAAAAGGCGAGAAGCAUAUGCCAGGUCAUGCUUGAAAAAGAAAUACUGCAAGAUAUCAAAGGCUUCCCAGAGUUCGAGAUAACUGGAUUAUAUCGAAUAUGGAAGGAUAAGCCUAGAUGCGCUCUUGAAGUAUCCCAGCUAUUGGUUGGCAAAGCUGAGGAGUUGUUUGAACAAGCUAUAAAAGAAGAGGAUGGUGUCACUACUAUUGAAGUAGAGGCAGCACUUAAGUCUUAACAGUAUUAAGGUUACUUAAAUGCGAUAUCAGAAUUAGAAAAGGUUAACGUAAAUGAGAUGGAAAAUAAUGAGAGGAUCUCUUUCUUCCUUAAUGUAUACCAGUGUAUGUAUAUCCAUCAUUUCCUAAAAAUGACUAAUGAGGGUAGAGGAGUCGAUGGCUAGGGAUCAGGCAGCACUCUGGUUUCUUAUUUUUCAAAGAUCAAGUCAUUUGUCUGGGACUACUCGAUCAAGGCAUUUUACUAUAGAAUUGGUGGCUUUGACUUCAGUUUGGACUAGAUCAAGCAUGGUCUUCUCCGAGGAAACAAAAAAUCACCACUGGCUUACUUGAGGACUCUUGGCGGAGGCGAUCAAAGAGCCCAACUUAUAAAAGAGAUGAAUGAUCCUAGAAUUAACUUUGUAUGCCUGGAUUUCCCAGAGGUUGUCGAGCAUAUUGACAGAUUCGGAUCUUCAGAUAUAGAUUAAGCGUUGGAUGUUUACGUCUCAGAGAUUGUGAAUUCAAGGAUGGUUUACAAUCCAGUACAAAAUGAAUUAACCCUGCCUAGGUGUCUGCAGACUUAUCUGCUGGAUUUCACCAAUGGGUCAGGAAAAGAGGAAGAUUUAUUAAAGUUCGUAUUUAAGUACUACACUCUUGGAGAGGUAUAACAAAUUAAUCAAUUAAUUUUAUCUUUUAGAUAAGUGAAGAUAAAGCAGUUAAAGAUAUAUGUCAAAGAAGAACUAUGA